AUGUCCAAAUUUUACUCUCUUGCUCCACUUGACAAAAACGGCGAACCUUUUGACUUCAAGCAAUUGGAAGGCAAGGUCGUGUUGAUUGUUAACGUUGCUUCCAAGUGUGGCUUUACCCCUCAAUACAAGGAGUUGGAGGAGCUGUACGAGAAGUACAAGGACCAAGACUUUGUCGUUCUUGGUUUCCCAUGUAACCAGUUCGGUCACCAGGAGCCAGGUACCCAAGACCAGAUUGUUGAAUUUUGCAGACUGAACUUCGGUGUUUCUUUCCCAUUGAUGAAGAAGGUUGAUGUUAACGGUGCCGAUGCUGAUCCAGUCUACGUUUACCUGAAGGACCAGAAGUCUGGUCUUUUGGGUUUCAAGGGUAUCAAGUGGAACUUCGAGAAGUUCUUGAUUGACAAGAAGGGUAACGUUGUCAACAGAUACUCUUCUGUCACCAGUCCUUCCAAGAUCGAGGGUGCCGUCAAGGACCUGCUGAAAUAA